AUGAAGCAUUCAAAGAAGACAUAUGACUCUUUUCAAGAUGAACUUGAAGAUUAUAUCCAAGUGCAGAGAGCCAGAGGCUUAGAACCAAAGACUUGUUUCAGACAGAUGAGAGAGGACUAUUUGCAAACCUGUAGGGACAAAGAAGAGGUUGAUUUCAGACCCAGGUAUAGAAGGUUUGAUCAAAGACUCCCACCUCAAACCAUCCAGACCCACCCAAGGUCAUGCAGUGUUUCACAAACAGUGGAAAACCAGUCACCUCAGUGGCUACCAGCUCAUGACAGCAUGAGAUACUGUCAAUUCACCAGGGACUGUUUCUCAGAAAAACCAGCACCCCUGAACCUUAGUCAUCAAGAGUAUAAUUAUAGCUCACACUGUGUACAAUCUAGAGUUUAUAAGCACUUCUCAGAAAACAGUACCAGUGCCCAUAAAGCCGGUCAUGAACAGAUGCACCAGAAGAGAAAAUGGCACCCGGAAGGCAGAGAAAAAUCGGAGGAGAAGCAGCCCGAGCAUAAGAGGAAAAAAGAUUGUGAGGAAACAGAUUUAGACAAACACAGGAGCAUUCAAAAAACCAGCACCGAGGUAGAAACAGUCAGGAUCAGCACAGAGAAGCUUAAGAAUCAAAGGGAGAGAAAAAGACGAGAUGCAGCCUCUAAGAAAGAGGAUCGUAAGCAUAGAAAAGAGAAGAAGGAACAAGGCAACGAAAGGACAGAGGAGGAGAUGCUCUGGGACCAGUCUAUCCUUGGAUUUUGA